UUAACAAUAUUUAUUGAUUAUUAGAAAUAGGGAUAUAAAAAAAAUAUUGAGGGAUAAAAAAAUAAACAGAUAAUUAUGUUAAAAAAUAAUGCGGUGUGCGGCGAUAUAGUUUUUUCGAACGUAUUCACAAAGCAAUUGAUUUUUUUUCGUGAACAAGAAAAAUUGUGAUUUUUAAUUCGGUUUAUUUUGUAAAUAGAACCUAUAAUGUCAGAGUCAUUACCCAGCCCGGAGACAGAGAAAGAAGAUAUCAUAGAGCAGGAAGAAAUGACAUCAGAAAAGCAAGAGACAAUGACAGAUAAUGAAGAAAUGUCAGAAAAAGAUUUAACAGAUGAUGAAGAAGUGACAUCAGAAAAUGAAGAAGUAUCAGAAAAGGAAGAUGCAAUAGAGAAUAAUGGAAUGAAGUCAGAGAAAACUGUGUCAGAGAACAUUUUAGAGAGGGAUGAAAUUACGAUAGAGAAGGAAGAUAUGAUGAGCAUGUUUGCCAGUGUGUGGGUGAAGGUAGAGGUAGAGGAGGCAAGAGAGGAAGAGUUGCAGAUAGACGAAAGUCUAGAUAGACCGAAACGCAAGCAUCGUUCAAAGAAACACCUAAAAAACCUCGUCUGCGACCAAUGCGACUACCGAACAGCCUACAAGAACUGCCUGGAACUGCAUAUACUCAGCCACAAGCAGGGCAAAGGCUUCGCCUGCCAUGUCUGUGACUACAAAUCUAAAUAUCCAACCGCCUUACAACGGCAUAUCGCCAUCCGACACUAUGAGAUGAACGGAGACACCCCCAUGGACAACGGGAAGCCUUUACCUCUACACCAGUGCCCGGACUGUGACUACAAAACCUUCUACAAAUGGAAUCUGAACAGCCACAAGAGGAAACAUAAGGUCAUCAAACAGUUUAAAUGCCCGUUCCCCGACUGCAACUUUGAAACCGCAUAUAGACACAAUUAUAUCAAGCAUAGCAAGGUGCAUAAAGAAUCUGUUGCUUUUAAAUGUGAUAAGUGCCCUUUUACAACCAGAUUUGAAGGGCAUAUCACUAGACAUCUAGCGAAAAUUCAUAACGAAGUCACAGAAAAGGCUAAUAAAUGUGAUCUGUGCGAUUUCUCUACUAAAACUAGAUGGAGACUGAAAAUACAUGUAAAUAGAAUGAAAAAGGAGAAUGCGAUGAAAUGCAGCUUCUGCGAAUUUGAGACUUAUUACACAUGCGCAUAUAAAAAGCAUAAAGUAGAUCAUUAUAAUGAAAUUUAUAUUAAUCCUAAACGCACUAAAAACACUUACAGCGCAGAACAGCAACAUAUUAAAGAAUUACAAGAAAAAAUCCAGGAGACAUCAGAAAUUGACUUGUCCUUCGAAAAUUAUGUGGAAAAAAAUAUGCAAUAUAUACCAAGUGAGCCGGAGAAUCAUAAUAAAUAUAACUUAGAUCCAAAUUGCGUGGAUUGGAAUAACAUUCAAGUUUUAGAAACUGAUGAUAAGGAAAAGCCUUUUCAGUGUCAUAUGUGUGUGUAUACUUCUAAAUUCAAAGCCUCAGUGCAAAGACAUUUCCAAAGACAUCAUACCGGAAGCCACAACAGACCGUACAAAUGUGUGAACUGUGAUUUUUCAACUAAAACUAAAGACCAAAUCGCUUUACACAAUAAAAGGAGUCUCUCCGACAUACAACUAUAUUGUAACAUUUGUAAAUUUCAAACUUCAUACAAAUGUCAGUUCGUUAUGCAUCAAAAAUGUCAUUACGCUUACAAAUGUACCGCUUGUAACUAUUCUUGUAAACACAAAUAUGAGUUACAAAGGCAUUAUGGUAUAAUGCAUCUCGGGAACGGUAUCAAAUGCAGAUUCUGUGAAUAUAAAGCUUCUAGAAAGGACAGCGUACUUUGCCAUGAAACUAUACACACCGGAAUGAAGCCAUUUAAAUGUGAGUAUUGUGACUAUACUUCCAUAAGAAAAUCUCUGUUAGAUAAUCAUGUGAAGCGUUACCAUAGUGAUAUUAAGAAGGAUGUAACUAUAGUUAGUGAGAGUAAGAUACAGAGUUUAAAGAUACCGCUGGUUCUUCGGGAGCCUGUAGAUUUCUGUAAGGAAAAUCAGGACCAUAAUGAAUCUAAGGAGUAAAGAUUAUUUUUCUAAAAUUCUAAGAUUCAAGCUGACUGCACGGAUGCAAUCGUGAAAUUCAUAAAAAUAGUGAAAAUUUUGUGUUUAUUGUAGCUGUGCAGAGUAAACACAGCCUAAGCCUUGAAUUGUGACUCCUCACCUCUAUUGUCAAGGUGUUAGAUUGCGAGUUCAGAUAUUUUGAGUUCCUUGGCCGCUCCGAUAUAUCUGAUGGCGACUGUCACAUUGUCGCUUACCAUAAGGAUGAAAUUUUCUCAUAUCUUUAUACGAAUAACCUGUCAUAGCAUCCUUAUGGCAAGCGACAAAGUGGUACCUUUUGCUUUAGAACAACACAAUUCUUAGACGGACUCGUAACCUUGGAUGGACAGUUAUAUUUAACCUUUUGAGCGCCACGACAAUUUAUAUAACAUAAACUAUUUAAAUUAUAGAAAUAGUAAACUUUUAAGGUUAAUUUUAUUCUGUAACCUUUGUCGGUUAUGGCCGACUGUGACGUUCAAACGGAGGCUAUUCUCAAAAAAUAUGUUUUGAUUACUUUUAAUUGCCACGACUCCACAAACACUGUAUAUGGAGUCGUGACUAGAGAUUCCGCGAAUAUUCUGCACCCGGUAUUCGGCGUAUUCGGCCACUUUGCUA